AUGGACAAAUUCAGAAAAAGUAAUAAGUUGCAAUACAUAAGAAAUACUUUUAAAGAAAGAAUAUUGUUUUUCGGACAAAAUAGCGGGUUGCACGGCUGCCGACAUGUGUUUAAAGACGAUGCUCACUUCGUGUUCAGGUUAUUUUGGAUACUGAUCCUGUUGGCAUCGGCAUGGUGUUUGUAUUUAUUAUUGGAGUCAGUGAUGGAGCAUGGCGACGAGAUUGGCUUCGGGCUGGACACCCGCUAUCUAACUUGGACUACCACAUUCCCAGCGGUUACAGUCUGCGAGAUUUACCACCAGAGAACGGCAGAGAAAAAGCUCGUGGAACGUUAUCCAAAUCAAACGAAAACUCUGAACAGUGACUAUAAGAAACACUUGAGUGCGGUGGUUUAUGGCCGGUAUAAUAACAACAUUAAAAAACUCGAGCAGUCUUGCGGAGGAGUUAUACCUUGCGACUUGAAAUGGAGAGAUAUGGCAGAAAAUAUACGACUGAAGUGUACUGAAAUGUUAUCCGACUGUUCGUACAACAACAUCGAGUUCACUUGUUGUGAUAAAUUCCUAGUCGUGGACUCCGAAUAUGGUCCUUGUAUCUCUUUCAAUACAUUGCAGAAUGUAAAUGCUGAUAUCGAUGAUUUAUUUACGGUAAACAUAACUACUGGUCCGGGAGUUCUAAAGUUUAGACUAUUGGAAAAUGCUGAAGUUUCCGUACACAGUCCUGAAGAAUUAUCAACAAAUAAUUUAAACGUCAAAUACAAAUUCGAGGUGAUGUUGUAUUUGGCCAACCGUGUAGAGUAUUUGUUCUCGCUUGUGGAAAUUGAGAAUGAUCCGAUGCUGCAGACUGAAGGUCUGGACGUCAGGCGCUGCCGGUAUCAUCGGGAGCUUCCUGCAGAUCCUCUUUUUGUUUAUCCGGUGUACUCUGUUGGCACUUGUUAUUUGGUGCAAGACACGAUACAUUUAUAUGAUGAUUGUGGAUGUGUUCAUCCCAUUCGAGAUCUUUCAUAUAAAAACAAGUUCUGCAAUUACACUGGUUUAACUUGCAUAUCUAUGGUACAAGAGCGUGAGAAGUUGAAAGUGGAUAAAGACAAAAAUACGAUGUAUGGAAACUGUUUACCGUCUUGUGAGGAAGUAGAAGUUACCGCUAUUCACCUGACUAGGAACUGGGUACCCGAGGAGCCACGCAAAGGUACUUUGGUCACCAUACGAAUGUCGUCGCUGCCCACAAUACGUUUCCAGAGGAAUUUAUUGCGCACUGAUCUAGAUUUAGUCGUAUCUGUGGGAGGCAUAGUGGGAUUAUUCUUCAGUGCUUCUGUACUAACCGUUGUCGAAAUAUUCUAUCUUCUCUUUAGAAAUAUACGAUAA